UCCUCGUCAAGGUUGCUGUGGUAUCCCAGAAACACCAUUCACUCUGAGCUGUGACCGCGCACCAUCAACAGCAACAACUCCACUGCGCCUGGCCAAGGAAUAGGAAUUAGGAGCUCUCCCGAAUAAUAUGAAAGGGAUCUGCAAAGGGGAAAUCCGUGCAAAGGAGUCGAAAAUAGCAGACUUUUGGGACAGGGGAUGUACUAAAUGUGGCCGGCUGGACUUCAUGCUGCUGAAGACAAUGGGGAUUAAAAGUGGAUUUACAUUUUGGAACCUCGUCUUUUUAUUGCUGGUUUCCUAUGUGCAAGGGUUUAUUUAUACCUGUGGUGGAACUUUAAAAGGUCUUAAUGGCACUAUAGAAAGUCCUGGCUUCCCAUAUGGAUAUCCAAAUGGUGCAAACUGUACAUGGGUCAUAAUAGCAGAAGAACGAAACAGAAUACAGAUUGUCUUUCAGUCUUUUGCUCUAGAAGAGGAAUAUGAUUAUUUAUCAUUAUAUGAUGGACAUCCUCAUCCUGCAAACUUUAGGACAAGGUUAACAGGAUUUCAUCUUCCUCCACCUGUGACAAGUACAAAGUCUGUGUUUUCACUGCGUUUGACAAGUGACUUUGCAGUUAGUGCCCAUGGGUUUAAAGUAUACUAUGAAGAGUUACAGAGUAGUUCUUGUGGCAAUCCAGGAGUUCCACCAAAGGGUAUCUUGUCUGGUACGAAAUUUGAUGUUGGUGAUAAAAUCCGCUACAGCUGUGUAACUGGAUACAUUUUGGAUGGCCACCCUCAGCUUACCUGCAUAGCUAACUCAGUGAACACAGCAUCGUGGGAUUUCCCAGUUCCUAUCUGCAGAGCUGAAGAUGCAUGUGGAGGAACAAUGAGAGGAUCCAGUGGCAUGAUCUCCAGUCCCAAUUUUCCUAAUGAGUAUCAUAAUAAUGCAGAUUGUACAUGGACCAUUGUGGCAGAGCCUGGCGAUACCAUUUCACUCAUAUUUACUGAUUUUCAAAUGGAAGAAAAAUAUGAUUACUUGGAAAUAGAAGGUUCUGAACCACCAACAAUAUGGUUAUCUGGAAUGAAUAUACCCCCUCCAAUUAUCAGCAACAAAAACUGGCUCAGACUUCAUUUUGUAACGGACAGCAACCACCGAUACCCUGGAUUUAGUGCUCCCUAUCAAGGUUCUUCCAGUUUGACCAAAACUGCCUCCACUGGUGAGUUAGAGGAGCAUAUUGCGGCUACUACUGGUGCUAUUACUGUUGCUAGCACAUCUGCUGAUGUUACUGUAUCCAGUGUUACUGCUGUCACCAACCAUAGACUUUCCGAAGAGCAGCGAGUGCAAGCUAUGAAUCUCAGAAAAUCAAUUCUGGAACCCACCACUUCCAAGGAAAUGCUCUCCCUUCAUCAAGCAAACAUACAAAGUGCAAGAAGAAGACCAAGAAAUGCUGAGCAGAUAGAAAGAACUAAAGAACUUGCAGUUGUUACUCAUCGAGUGAAAAAGGCCAUAGAUUUUAAAUCUAGAGGAUUUAAAUUGUUUCCAGGGAAAGACAACAGCAACAAGUUUUCUAUCUUAAAUGAAGGAGGUAUUAAACAGGCAUCCAAUUUGUGUCCAGAUCCUGGAGAGCCAGAAAAUGGAAAACGACUAGGCUCAGAUUUUAGCUUGGGAGCAACAGUACAAUUCUCCUGUGAUGAAGACUAUGUGUUGCAGGGGGCAAAAAGUAUCACCUGUCAGAGGAUAGCUGAAGUGUUUGCUGCAUGGAGUGAUCAUAGACCCAUGUGUAAAGUAAAGACUUGUGGAUCUAAUCUUCAGGGACCCAGUGGCACCUUCACAUCACCCAAUUUUCCAUUCCAAUAUGACAGUAAUGCUCAAUGUGUUUGGGUCAUCACAGCUAUACAUACCAAUAAGGUUAUUCAGAUAAAUUUUGAAGAAUUUGAUCUGGAGAUUGGCUAUGACACACUGACAAUUGGUGAUGGAGGGGAAGUCGGUGAUCCUAAAACUGUGCUGCAAGUAUUAACGGGAAGUUUUGUACCAGAUUUAAUUGUGAGCAUGAACAGUCAGAUGUGGUUACACCUUCAAACGGAUGAAAGUGUGGGCUCAAUUGGCUUCAAGGUGAACUACAAAGAAAUUGAAAAGGAAAGUUGUGGGGAUCCUGGAACACCAUUGUAUGGUAUCAGAGAAGGGGAUGGAUUUUCCAACCGGGAUAUUUUAAGGUUUGAGUGUCAGUUUGGAUUUGAAUUAAUUGGAGAGAAAUCCAUUGUGUGUCAGGAGAACAACCAGUGGUCUGCAAACAUUCCAAUUUGUAUUUUUCCUUGCCUAUCUAAUUUCACUGCACCGAUGGGAACAGUUCUUUCACCUGAUUACCCAGAGGGAUAUGGAAAUAAUUUAAACUGCAUCUGGACAAUAAUCUCAGACCCAGGGAGCAGAAUUCAUCUCUCUUUUAAUGACUUUGACUUGGAAUCUCAAUUUGACUUCCUUGCAGUUAAAGAUGGUGACUCUCCAGAUUCUCCAAUACUUGGUACUUUCACUGGUGCUGAGGUUCCUUCGCAUCUUACCAGCAACAGUCAUAUCUUGCGUUUGGAAUUUCAAGCUGACCAUUCAAUGUCAGGCCGUGGCUUUAACAUCACUUAUAACACUUUUGGACAUAAUGAGUGUCCUGAUCCUGGAGUACCAAUCAAUGCACGGCGUUUUGGUGACAACUUUCAAUUAGGGAGUUCAAUCUCAGUCAUUUGUGAAGAAGGAUUUAUAAAAACACAAGGAACCGAAACCAUUAGUUGUAUGCUAAUGGAUGGGAAAGUAAUGUGGAGUGGACCUAUCCCUAGGUGUGGAGCUCCAUGUGGUGGGCAUUUUUCAUCUCCCAGUGGAGUAAUCCUCUCUCCAGGCUGGCCUGGAUACUAUAAAGACUCCUUGAAUUGUGAGUGGGUGAUUGAAGCUGAACCAGGACACUCUAUCAAAAUUACGUUUGAAAGAUUUCAGACUGAACUCAAUUACGAUGUUUUGGAAGUUCACGAUGGACCAAAUCUCCUGUCUCCACUUCUGGGUUCUUACAAUGGUACACAGGUCCCACAGUUUCUGUUCAGUAGCAGCAAUUUCAUUUACCUUCUCUUUACAACAGACAACAGUCGUUCUAAUAAUGGAUUCAAGAUUCACUAUGAAAGUGUAACAGUUAAUACCUAUUCUUGUUUGGAUCCUGGUAUACCAGUUCAUGGACGUCGUUACGGUCAUGACUUCUCUAUUGGUUCCACUGUUUCAUUUAGUUGUGAUCAAGGAUAUAGGCUGAGCCAUGAAGAGCCUCUGCUAUGUGAAAAAAACCAUUGGUGGAGCCACCCACUCCCAACUUGUGAUGCCUUAUGUGGAGGAGAUGUUAGAGGACCUAGUGGAACAAUUUUAUCCCCUGGUUAUCCUGAAUUGUACCCAAAUUCACUGAAUUGUACAUGGACUGUGGAUGUCACCCAUGGAAAAGGAGUGCAGUUCACCUUUCACACCUUUCAUUUGGAAGACCAUCACGACUACUUACUAAUUACCGAGAAUGGCAGUUUCACUCAGCCACUAGCACGCCUGACUGGAUCAGAACUUCCUUUGGCAAUCAACGCUGGUCUCUAUGGAAAUUUCAGGGCUCAGUUGCGCUUUAUUUCAGAUUUUUCAAUAUCAUAUGAAGGAUUUAACAUUACUUUCUCUGAAUAUAAUCUUGAACCUUGUGAGGAUCCUGGGAUUCCACCAUUUGGUAACCGAAUAGGAUUUAACUUUGGAGUCGGUGAUACUCUGACAUUCUCUUGUUCAUCUGGAUACCGUUUAGAAGGAGCUUUGGAGAUUAUCUGUCUUGGUGGUGGCCGACGUGUAUGGAGUGCACCUCUGCCAAGGUGUGUGGCUGAAUGUGGAGCCUCUGCAACAAAUAAUGAAGGAAUUUUGCUGUCCCCCAAUUACCCACUCAACUAUGAAAACAACCAUGAAUGCAUUUAUAGCAUUCAGGUACAAGCAGGGAAGGGAAUCAAUAUUUCAGCCAGAACAUUUCACUUAGCACAAGGAGAUGUUCUUAAGAUAUAUGAUGGAAAAGACAACACAGCUCACCUGCUGGGUGCAUUUACUGGGGCCUCAUUGAGAGGACUGACACUAAGUAGUACUUCAAAUCAUCUGUGGUUGGAAUUUAACUCAGAUACAGAGGGAACUGAUGAAGGUUUUCAGCUUGUUUACACCAAUUUUGAGCUUUCACACUGUGAGGAUCCUGGUGUGCCACAAUUUGGAUACAAGAUCAGUGACCAAGGCCAUUUUGCUGGCAGUACUAUCAUUUAUGGAUGCAAUCCAGGUUACACACUCCAUGGAAGUAGCCUUCUAAAGUGUAUGACAGGGGAAAGAAGGGCAUGGGACUAUCCUCUGCCAUCCUGUAUUGCUGAAUGUGGAGGCCGUUUUAAAGGAGAAUCAUCAGGAAGAAUCUUAUCUCCUGGCUAUCCUUUUCCCUAUGACAAUAAUCUGCGUUGUAUGUGGAUGAUUGAAGUAGAUCCAGGAAAUAUUGUCAGCCUCCAGUUUCUUGCUUUCGAUACCGAAGCAUCACAUGAUAUAUUACGAGUUUGGGAUGGGCCACCAGAAAAUGAGAUGCUACUCAAGGAAAUUAGUGGAUCUCUUAUUCCAGAAGGCAUUCACAGCACACUGAACAUAGUGACUAUCCAAUUCGACACAGACUUUUAUAUAAGCAAAUCUGGGUUUGCCAUCCAGUUUUCAAGCUCUGUAGCCACCGCUUGCCGUGAUCCUGGUGUUCCUAUGAAUGGAACUCGAAAUGGGGAUGGAAGAGAACCUGGAGACACUGUUAUUUUUCAGUGUGACCCUGGAUAUGAGCUUCAAGGAGAUGAGAGGAUAACCUGCAUUCAGGUAGAAAAUCGGUACUUCUGGCAGCCCAGCCCACCAGUCUGUAUAGCACCCUGUGGAGGAAACUUGACAGGCUCAUCAGGUUUUAUUCUUUCACCAAACUUUCCUCAUCCCUAUCCACAUAGUAGAGACUGUGACUGGAGUAUCGCUGUUAAUAACGACUAUGUUAUAUCAUUAGCAUUUAUCAGUUUCAGUAUAGAACCAAAUUAUGACUUCCUCUAUAUCUACGAUGGGCCAGACAGCAAUAGUCCACUAAUUGGGAGUUUUCAAGAUAGCAAGUUGCCAGAGAGGAUAGAGAGCAGCUCAAACAACAUGCACUUGGCAUUUCGGAGUGAUGGAUCUGUUAGCUUUACUGGUUUCCAUUUGGAGUAUAAAGCAAAACUACGUGAGUCCUGCUUUGAUCCUGGGAAUGUAAUGAAUGGCACAAGACUUGGAAUGGAUUAUAAACUGGGAUCAACAGUCACAUAUUACUGUGAUGCAGGUUAUGUUCUUCAAGGGUAUUCUACACUUACCUGUAUUAUGGGAGAUGAUGGAAGACCUGGGUGGAACAGAGCACUACCCAGCUGUCAUGCACCAUGUGGGAGCCGGUCGACAGGCUCUGAAGGCACGGUAUUAUCACCAAAUUACCCAAAAAACUACAGCGUUGGUCACAACUGUGUUUACUCUAUUGCUGUUCCCAAGGAGUUUGUGGUGUUUGGCCAGUUUGUAUUUUUCCAGACAUCGCUCCAUGAUGUGGUCGAGGUGUAUGAUGGCCCAACACAGCAAUCAUCUUUAUUAUCCUCCCUCUCAGGAUCCCAUUCAGGCGAAUCCCUUCCACUGAGCUCAGGUAAUCAAAUCACAAUUAGAUUUACUUCAGUGGGUCCAGUAACAGCUAAAGGUUUUCACUUUGUAUAUCAAGCUGUUCCUAGAACAAGUGCAACACAGUGCAGCUCUGUGCCUGAACCAAGAUUUGGAAAAAGGAUUGGAAAUGAAUUUGCAGUUGGUUCAUUGGUUCUUUUUGAGUGUAAUCCAGGAUACAUCCUCUAUGGAUCAAUAGCAAUUAGAUGUGAUUCAGUACCGAAUGCUUUGGCACAGUGGAACGAUUCCCUCCCUACAUGUGUUGUACCUUGUGGUGGAAUUUUAACUAAGCGCAAAGGAACCAUUUUGUCUCCUGGUUACCCUGAGCCUUAUGACAACAAUCUGAAUUGUGUGUGGAAGAUCACAGUGCCAGAGGGAGCUGGAAUUCAAGUGCAGGUUGUGAAUUUUGCUACAGAGCACAACUGGGACUCUUUGGACUUUUACGAUGGUGCUGACAACAAUGCUCCAAGGCUUGGAAGUUAUUCAGGAACUACAAUUCCUCCACUGCUCAACAGCACAUCUAACAACUUAUACCUAAACUUUCAGUCUGAUAUUAGUGUUUCAGCUGCUGGGUUUCAUCUUGAAUAUACAGGUAAUUGUUUCAUAGUGCUCUGCCCAGCCAAUGAAAUGCGUCUGGAUUCAACAGGAGUCAUACUGAGCCCAGGCUACCCAGACAGCUACCCAAACCUCCAAAUGUGCGCUUGGACCAUUACUGUGGAAAAGGGUUAUAAUAUCAGCAUGUUCUUUGAAUUCUUCCAGACAGAAAAGGAAUUUGAUAUACUUGAGGUGUUUGAUGGACCAAAUAGUCAUAGCCCAUUGCUUAUUUCCCUAAGUGGGGAUUUCUCAUCCUCUUUAAAUAUAUCCAGUAAUGGCCAUGAAGUGUUUCUCCGGUGGUCAGCAGAUCAUGGCACCAACAAAAGAGGUUUCAGGAUAAGAUACAUAGCUCUUUAUUGUAGUACUCCUGAGUCCCCUCCACAUGGAUUCAUUGUCAGUCAGACAGGUGGACAGCUCAACAGUAUGGUUCGCUGGGCUUGUGAUCGAGGAUUUAGGCUUGUUGGGAAAAGUACUGCUGUAUGCAGGAAAUCUCCAUAUGGAUAUCAUGCCUGGGAUGCACCAGUCCCAGCUUGUCAAGCAAUAUCUUGUGGAAUUCCUAAAGCUCCAUUAAAUGGUGGAAUCUUAACUACAGAUUACUUGGUUGGCACCCGCGUUACUUACUUUUGCAAUGAUGGGUAUAGACUAUCAUCCAAGGAGCUUACUACUGCAGUCUGCCAGCCAGAUGGUACAUGGAGCAAUCACAAUAAAACACCUCGUUGUGUAGUUGUUACAUGUCCAAGCAUCAAUUCCUUUACUUUGGAACAUGGGAGAUGGCGAAUAGUGAAUGGCUCACAUUAUGAGUACAAAACAAAAGUUGUUUUUAGCUGCGAUCCAGGCUAUUAUGGUUUGGGACCAGCAUCCAUUGAGUGUCUUGCUAAUGGAACAUGGAGUUGGAGAAACGAGAGGCCUUACUGCCAAAUUAUUUCUUGUGGAGAACUUCCUGUAUCUCCCAAUGGGAAUAAGAUUGGAACUCAAAUCACAUAUGGAUCUACCGCUAUAUUUACCUGUGAUUCCGGAUUCAUGCUAGUUGGCUCUACUGUAAGGGAAUGUCUUUCUUCUGGACUCUGGAGUGGAACUGAGACCAGAUGCUUAGCUGGCCACUGUGGUGUUCCAGAUCUCAUAGUCAAUGGUCAAGUGAUUGGAGAGAAUUAUGGGUACAGAGACACAGUUGUGUACCAAUGCAACCCUGGUUUUCGCUUGAUUGGUUCUUCUGUACGAAUAUGCCAACAAGAUCACAAUUGGUCUGGUCAGCUUCCAUCCUGUGUGCCUGUUAGCUGUGGUCAUCCCGGUAGUCCGAUUUAUGGAAGAACAAGUGGAAAUGGUUUCAACUUCAAUGAUGUUGUAACUUUCUCUUGUAAUACUGGAUAUGCCAUGCAAGGACCAACAAAAGCACAGUGUCAGGCUAAUAGGCAAUGGAGCCAUCCACCACCGAUAUGUAAAGUGGUCAACUGUUCUGAUCCUGGAAUCCCUGCAAAUUCCAUACGAGAAAGUAAAAUAGAACAUGGAAAUUUCACCUAUGGAACAGUGGUGUUUUAUGACUGCAAUCCUGGACAUUUUUUAUUUGGAUCUUCAGUUUUAGUUUGUCAACCAAAUGGUCACUGGGAUAAGCCACUACCUGAAUGUAUUAUGAUUGACUGUGGCCAUCCUGGCAUUCCUCCUAAUGCGAUCCUGUCUGGAGAGAAGUAUACAUUUGGGUCUACUGUUCAUUAUACCUGCACAGGAAGGCGAUCACUAUUAGGCCAAUCAUCUCGCACAUGUCAAUUAAAUGGACAUUGGAGUGGAUCUCUGCCUCAUUGCUCAGGUGACACUGCUGGUUCUUGUGGAGAUCCAGGAAUCCCAGGUCAUGGUUCUAGAGAAGACAGUGAUUUUAAAAUUAAAAGUACUGUGCGUUUCAACUGUGAGAUUGGUUAUAUCCUUCAUGGGUCAGAAGAAAGAAUAUGUUUGGGAAAUGGAACCUGGACAGGAAGACAGCCAGAGUGUAAAGCUGUGCAAUGUGGUAAUCCAGGAACAACUGCUAAUGGGAAAGUAUUUCGUAUAGAUGGCACGACAUUUUCUAAUUCGGUAAUUUAUUCCUGUAUGGAAGGAUACAUACUUUCUGGAUCUUCUGUGAGACAAUGUACUGCCAAUGGAACAUGGUCUGGAUCCUUGCCAAAUUGCACAAUAAUCAGUUGUGGAGACCCAGGUGUACCAGCCAAUGGCUUGAGAUAUGGUGAUGAUUAUGUUGUUGGACAAAAUGUUACCUACAUGUGCCAACCUGGUUAUACAAUGGAAUUGAACAGCUCCAUAAUUCGCACCUGUACCACCAACGGCACAUGGAGUGGAACAAUCCCAACUUGUAAAGCUGUUACCUGCCCAACUCCUCCCCAGAUCUCUAAUGGAAGGUUGGAAGGAACAAAUUUUGACUGGGGAUUUAGUAUUAGCUAUGUCUGCUCCCCAGGCUAUGAACUAUCCUUUCCUGCUGUUUUGACCUGUGUUGGGAAUGGAACUUGGAGUGGCGAGGUACCUCAGUGCUUACCAAAGUUUUGUGGUGACCCUGGAGUACCUGCUCAAGGGAAAAGAGAAGGCAAGAGCUUCAUCUACCAGUCAGAAGUCUCUUUCAGCUGCAAUCCUCCAUUUGUUUUGGUUGGGUCCAGUACUAGGAUAUGCCAAGCAGAUGGAACUUGGAGUGGUUCUUCUCCUCGAUGUAUAGAACCCACUCGCACAUCCUGUGAAAACCCUGGAAUUCCAUGGCAUGGAUCACAAAACAAUACAUUUGGCUACCAGGUGGGAAAUGUUGUUCAAUUUCAAUGUAAAAAAGGACACCUUCUCCAAGGAUCUACAACCCGAACUUGCCUCCCUGAUCUUACGUGGAGUGGGAUUCAGCCAGAAUGUAUACCACACAGCUGUAAACAACCAGAGACUCCAGUUCACGCUAAUGUGGCUGGAAUGGAUCUUCCUUCACUUGGCUAUACAUUGAUUUAUACCUGUCAGUCAGGCUUCUUCCUAGCAGGAGGAUCAGAACACAGAGUCUGUAGAUCUGAUGGCACAUGGACUGGAAAAGUUCCAGUUUGUGAAGCUGGAUCAAAAAUAUUGGUGAAAGACCCUAGACCAGCUUUGGGAACACCAAGUCCUAAACUAAGUGUUCCUGAUGAUGUAUUUGCCCAAAAUUAUAUAUGGAAAGGAUCUUACAAUUAUAAAGGCAAGAAACAGCCCAUGACUUUGACAGUGACCAGUUUCAAUGCGUCAUCGGGGAGAGUAAAUGCCACACUCACUAACAGCAAUAUGGAACUGCUACUUUCAGGGGUGUAUAAAAGUCAGGAAGCUCGAUUGAUGCUCCAUAUAUAUCUUAUUAAAGCACCAUCUCAUACUUCUGUGAGCAAGAUGAAAGAGGAAAAAUGGGCUAUGGAUGGUUUUGUUUCUGCUGAACCUGAUGGAGCUACAUAUGUUUUUCAAGGAUUUAUCCAGGGUAAAGAUUAUGGACAAUUUGGACUUCAAAGAUUAGGUCUUAACAUGUCUGAAGGUUCAAAUUCUUCUAAUCAACCACAUGGUACAAAUAGUAGUUCUGUGGCCAUUGCUAUCCUUGUGCCUUUCUUUGCCCUUAUAUUUGCAGGUUUUGGGUUUUACCUUUAUAAACAAAGGACUGCACCUAAAACACAGUAUACAGGAUGCUCUGUUCAUGAAAAUAACAAUGGACAAGCUGCUUUUGAAAACCCCAUGUAUGACACAAAUGCAAAGUCUGUAGAAGGAAAAGCUGUACGAUUUGACCCCAACUUGAACACUGUCUGCACAAUGGUAUAAUGUAGUAAUGCUUUGUCUUCAGAAGUCUGGAAAUUGAAACACAACACAGUGCACAUAUAGUUCACUGAUACAAAAUUAAAGCACAUUUUUCAGGACUUACUGGGUCACCUUUUCCUGAGGAUGAUAGACAAGAGUGGUUUUUUUUCAUAAACUGGAACAGAAUUGUCCUUCAUGUUUACCAUGGAGAGUUUUACAGAAAAUCUGCUGCACUCCAUGAGUGCUUACUCACAGUUUAUUUGCUUUUUUAAAAAAGGAGAUUAUUCUAAAACAUAAAACGUAUUUGCAUAUAUUGGAGGAGCAUCCACUAUCAGUACUUCUGUGCUUUAUAAACUAUAAUAGAGGGACUGGGUUUAAAAAAAGAUAUAGGGUAGAAAAUAAGAGCUAUACUUACAGGAGACAAUAGGUCACUGACUUCUCUUUAACAGUCAUGAGCUACAUCAUUUUCAUAAAUUUGAACUCUACCCUCCUUUCAGUCAUACAUCCCUGUUUAGCAAAUUUUUAUUUUUCUCAGACCUGUGAAUGUUCUAACAUAAUGACAUAGUGUUUAAUAUGCUUAAACCUUCAUGUCCAAUUUAUUAAUUUUAUACCACACAAGAAAGAAUAAGUGUCAAAUUUUCAGUUCUCAUUUCAUUAUUUAAUUCCCUGAUUCAUGUCUUGCUUUCUUUUUCACAUUCCAUGUUUCUUUCCUCUGUUCCCAUUAGCAACACAUGCAGCUGGUAACAGGGAUAGUUCUGCUUCUAUGUAUUUCCUUGCUGUGGACCUUUGCCACUAGACAUCAGUUUUACAAUGAAUGAUGUGAAGGUGCACCACAUUAAUUGAGUUUUGUCAUGCAGCAAUGUUCCUUACUGUUGAAGAUCACUUGGAAGAGUGACCUUUUUACACUGUUUUUACAGAAAUUUAACCUUUUUGAAGUUUUCAGUUUAGAAAUUUACGGUUUACAGUAACACUAGAAAUCAAGUUGGUAUAUGAAGAACAUAAAGCUCCACACUUCAGUCCAUACCACUGUUGUCUACACUGUAUCACAUGAUCAGUAUUAUUUUACUACUUCUACAUUGUGUUAAAAUGCUUACACUGAGCAUGGUUCAAAAACCAUUGAAGUUAAUAGAAGGACUCCCAUUGACUUCAAAUGGGUUUUGGAUCUGGCCCACAGGUCUUGCCUAAUCAGAAUUUGAAAAUGCUUUGUUUUGGUAUACAAGUUAAUAUUGUGAGGAAAGCAACCCCUAAAAAUAAUUGUUCAAAACUGAAUAUAUUGCAGCAAUUCAAUAGAAAGAUGUGGUUUUUAAAAAUAAAGCCAUGGUUUUAUUAGGAGUAAUCCAUCAGAUGAUUCAAAUACCACCACCCUAAAAAGGCGGGUUUCAAAAAUUGCAGAACCAUUUCAUUCUCAAACAAUGGAAUGUGAUCUUUAGUUUUCCAGCUAUUGCAUAACAGAAUUAUCCAGAGGUAACCCCAGUAAUUUAUUUGUUGUAGGUCAUUGUCUUCCUUUUAUAGCAUGAAAUAAUUUUAGACUCAUAAAUGCUGUAUGUUAGCCAGUGUGAAUUAUCUCUUACUGUCCCUUUCAGGCAUUAAUAAUUCUGUGAAAAAUCUGAACUUUUUAUUACCGUAAUAGAGAGUGCCUACCAAAAAUCAUUGUACCCAGGAUUGCUGCUUGGAUUUCUAUAAUGUUUGAUGAAUAUCUUAUAAACCAUUUUACAACACUUUAUUUUGAAAAUUCAUACAAUUCUGUCAAAAACUGUAUUCUACUGAAAGGAUGCUGUUUUCUAUUUUCUACCAUCAGUUGUUAUUUAUUCUUGUUUAUUCAAAUGACUGCAAUAACUAUGAUUCAUUCAUUAAUGUUAAAGUUAGUACAUUUGAGAUCUCGUUUAAAAAUGUUUCUUCUGCAACUGGCUACUCCUCUUAUAUUAAUGCAUACACUUUUGUAAAGAAGUAUAUUUUUAUGAAAAAAAAAAGGAUUUGUAAAAGUAUGAUGUAAAUUUUCAGUGCAAUGUAAACAAAAUAAAAAUGGAUAAUUGCUUUUUUAA